AUGAGAAUAAGCCACUUGAUAAAGAAGACUGCAAAAAAUGAAGAAAGUGAAGGGAAUGUUGAGUGUGGUUUAAGUAAGCAAUCAGAUGAGUUGGUUGAGUUUGAGAUAAUGGAAGAGGCAUCAGACAAGAAAAUUUUUUACUACAAAGAUAUUUUUGGACUGACGGUAGAGGAUAUUAUUCAGAUGGAGUUUUGGACUGAGCAAUGUGCGUACAAAUUUUACAGGAGAUUGGAGAAAUACCAUGGGUUUAGUGUCCAAAAAGGGGAUUACGGCAAGGAUGAAAAUGAGAAUCUGAUCCAUAGAAGGUUCUUUUGCAAGAGGGCUGGGUUGAGAGAUAGGAAGCACUAUGUGAGAUUAGAUAGAAAAAGAAUUCAUAGGCCAAAGAUACGCACAAACUGUGAAGCAAAGUUGUCAAUAUACUUAGAUCGAGGUAGCUCCACUUGGAACGUUAGGAAGGUAAUCCUUGAACACAAUUAUGAGUUGACCUUGAGAGGCAUGAUUCGCUUAAUACCUCACUUUUGUGGCAUGUCAGAUGCCAUGAAGGCACACAUCGAUAGCAUGCAUAGUUAUGGAAUUCCUACAUCAAAGAUACUCGGAUACAUAUUUGGAAUUGCGGGAGAUUACUCAAUACUAGGCUUUAUAAAGAAGGAUGCGUAUAACCAUAUAGAUAGAAAAAAGCAUGAUAAGAUCACUGAUGACAAUACGAAUGCGACUCUAGCCUAUCUGUAG